GCCUAACGUACCAAAAAUCCCAACCAUCACUACCAUCCCUUCUUUUUACCCAUUUUUUCCUGGAUUCGGCGAGAUUUUAUCAACUGAUUACAUAUAAUGGCCAAAAACACGAAGGACGUGCAACUAAUUGCGUCAGACUCCGAGAUGUCAUCCAUCGAAGAAGUUGAGGUGGAAGAUGAAUCGGAAUCCAUCGAUGAUGACGACAUUUACGAUGGCGAGACCUUUGAGGACCGCAAAGCACGCUAUCUCUUACAAGAAGACGUCAAGGUCGUGCGCGCAAAAGACACAGAGUCGCAGCGCCGCCGACUCAAACACUUGUUGGGACUCACGGACUUGUUCCGCCAGUUUGUCGACUUGAAUCUGGCCAAAAACCCGAAGUUGAAGAAGAUGAUCAAACAGCUCGACGCGGAAAAGAAGGGUAUGAAGGGCGCAGGGGCGCGACGCCGCAAGACAGAGCAAGAGGAGGACGAAGAGUUGAUCUAUGACGAGACCACCCAGGGGGAUUAUGAUAAAACCCACACGCUUUUGACGGAGUCUCCGGCGUUUGUCAAGUCUGGGACUAUGCGCGAGUACCAAAUCCAGGGCUUGAACUGGUUGGUAGCGUUGCACGAGAACGCACUUUCCGGGAUCCUCGCGGAUGAAAUGGGGCUCGGGAAGACAUUGCAGACGAUCGCAUUCUUGGGAUACCUCCGCUACGUGAAAGACAUCAACGGCCCGCACAUUGUGAUUGUGCCGAAGUCCACAUUGGACAACUGGCGCCGCGAGUUCGCAAAGUGGACGCCGGACGUGCGCGUGACGGUAUUACAAGGCGCAAAAGACGAGCGCACACGCAUCAUCCUGCAGCAGUUGAUGAAGUGCAAGUUUGAUGUGGUUAUUACCUCGUUUGAAAUGGUUAUUAGGGAAAAAGCGGCGUUGAAGAAGUUCCGGUGGCAGUACAUCAUUGUGGAUGAAGCACACCGGAUCAAGAACGAGGAGAGUGCCUUGUCGCAGAUUAUCCGCUUGUUCUACUCGCAGAACCGCUUGCUCAUUACCGGGACGCCGCUCCAGAACAAUCUUCACGAAUUGUGGGCGUUGCUCAAUUUCAUCCUCCCCGAUAUUUUCGGCGACAGCGAUGUGUUCGACCGGUGGUUUGACCAGCAGAGGGCAGAGAAGAGAGAAGACGAGCUUGAAGAAGGAAAUACAGACGACGAGAAUGAAGAACGCCAGGACAAGGUCAUCCAGCAGUUACACAACGUUCUCUCGCCAUUUUUGCUCAGAAGAAUCAAGGCAGACGUAGAGCAUUCGCUCUUGCCAAAGAAAGAGGUCAACUUGUACGUGGGCAUGAGCGAGAUGCAGAUCCGGUGGUACCGCAAGCUUCUUGAGAAGGACAUCGAUGCGGUGAACGGUGUUGUGGGCAAGCGCGAGGGCAAGACCCGGCUCUUGAACAUUGUAAUGCAAUUGCGCAAGUGCUGUAACCACCCCUACCUCUUUGAGGGCGCGGAGCCGGGCCCGCCAUAUACGACGGACGAGCACCUUGUGUAUAAUUCGGGCAAGAUGGUGAUCUUGGACAAGUUGUUGAAGCGAAUGCAAAAGCAGGGCUCGCGGGUGUUGAUUUUUUCGCAGAUGUCGCGGUUACUCGAUGUCUUGGAAGAUUACUGCAUGUUCCGCGGGUUCGAGUACAGCCGAAUCGACGGGUCCACGUCGCACGAAGACCGUAUAGAGGCGAUUGAUGAGUACAACAAGCCAGACAGCGAGAAGUUUGUGUUUUUGCUCACCACCAGAGCCGGUGGUUUGGGGAUUAACUUGACUUCAGCGGAUGUGGUGGUAUUGUACGACUCUGACUGGAACCCGCAGGCAGAUUUGCAGGCGAUGGAUAGGGCCCACAGAAUUGGCCAGAAGAAACAGGUGUAUGUAUACCGCUUUGUGACGGAAAAUGCGAUCGAAGAGAAGGUGUUGGAGCGUGCGGCACAGAAGUUGCGGUUGGACCAGUUGGUCAUCCAACAGGGCCGCAACAGCGGCGCCCAGACGACCGUGGGGAAUUCUAAAGACGACUUGUUGAGCAUGAUCCAACACGGUGCGCAUUCUCUCUUCGACAACAGGGCAGGGGGCGAGAAGUCGCUUGAUCAAGACAUUGACGAGAUCUUGCGCGCGGGGGAGCAAAAGACCGCAACGCUCAACGCAAAGUACUCGAAAUUAGGCUUGGAUGACUUGCAAAACUUCACCGAGUCAUCGUCCGCGUACGAAUGGAACGGCCAGAACUUUGCCACCAAGAAGAGUCUGCUCCCCGCGUGGAUCAAUCCGUCAAAGAGAGAACGCAAGGAGCAGACGUACUCGGUCGAUAACUACUACAAGGACAUGAUGACGACCAAAGUAGCGUCCGGGAGAAAUCCGCGUGCGCCAAAACAAAUCGUGAUUCAGACCCACCAGUUCUUCCCACCGCAGUUGCAGGGGUUAUUGGACCGCGAAAUGUAUGCGUUCAAGAAAAAGGUCGGGCACAAGGUCCAGCUAGGCGAGUUUGGCGAUAGUGACGAGGAGUAUCUCGAGGACGAGUUUGUGCCGAAGGUGUCGCGGGAAACGAAGCGCGCACGCGAGCAGCAGAAAAUCAAAGAUGCGGUGGAGUUGACCGAGGAAGAGGUCAAGUUGAAGGAGGAGUACAUCAGUCAGGGGUUUACCGAGUGGUCAAAGCGCGAUUUUACUGACUUCAUCCACGCAAGUGCACGGUACGGAAGAGACUCAUACGAUUUGAUUUCGCAGUCAUUGCGGAGCAAAACCCCCGAAGAGGUGGAGCGCUAUGCCAAGGUGUUCUGGGAGAAGUACCAGGCCAUCGAGGGCCACGAGAAAUACGUCGCGCAGAUCGAAGCCGGGGAGCACAAGGCGCUUAAGCUUCGCACUCAGAACAAGUUCUUGAAACAAAAGAUUGAGAGUUGCGCGCACCCGUUGGAGGCAAUGGCCAUUCAGUACCCGCCAAACAACUCCAAACGCGUGUACUCGCUCCAAGAGGACCGCUUCCUCUUGUGUAUGGUCCACAAGCAUGGCUUGCUCACCGAGAACUUGUACGAGAUGGUGCGUGAGGAGAUUGUCAAGAGCGACUUGUUCCGCUUCAAUUGGUACUUUGCCUCCCGGUCUGCCCAGGAGUUGGGCAGAAGAGCCAACACAUUGUUGUUGGCCGUUACUAGGGAGUUCGAGGGCCCGAACGCCUUGAAGAACCGCAAACGCGCCUUGGCGGUGGGCGUUACCAAGGAUAGCAGCAUCGAUCCGGGGAGCGAUAUAGAUCUUACAAGACCCGUCACCCCGUUGGAGUCAAAGCGAAUAAUUGAGGAUGGUGCAGGGGGCGCAGAAAAAAAGGUGAAGGUGUAGUGUAUGGAUAAAUGCUGUAUUAUGAUAUGAAUGCGUUUAGGUUGAAGAGGAAUGAUAAAUAUGUAUAUGGUGUAUGUUAUAUCGUGUGGUCCGACGCCUUUAACGCAAAUGAAGAAUUAUUCAUCUGAGCAUAUUUGUACUAAAUGUUUAUAAUUAUAAAUAAAC